UUUUUCUUUUUCAUCCUCUCCUCUUCCGCUCUCUCAACACCCAUCUCUCUCUCAUCUCUCUCCAAUGAGAGAGAUCAUCAGUACUCCUCAGAAUAGUAAGAUCAUCAGAAAGCUGCAACAAGAGAUCAAAAGGCCAACAGAAAACAACAACAACAAAUAUAUAUAAUUAGCAGCUAUAUAUAAACACACAUAUACAUAUAUAUAUAUAUAGCCAUGAAAAACACCAUAAGAUGUUGCAUCUCUUGCAUUCUCCCCUGUGGAGCCCUUGACGUGGUCCGAAUCGUCCACUCCAACGGUCGCGUGGAGGAGAUCAGCGGCACCAUCCGCGCCGGCGAGGUCAUGAAGGCCCACCCCAAACACGUCCUCAAGAAACCCUCCACCUCCCCCUCCGAAGACGGCAUCGUUCCCAAGAUCGUCGUCGUCCCUCCCGACGCCGAGCUCCAGCGCGGCAAGAUUUACUUCCUCAUGCCCCUCCCUCCUUCCUCGUCGGCGCCGGAGAAGAAGGCGCGACAAAAAUCCUCAUCCUCCAAAAAAAGAAUAAGAGAGACUGGUACUAAUGACAUAAUUAGUACUAGUUCUGAUCAUCGUCGUCGCGGUCGCCAUCAUCAAAGCAAUGACUCCACUGUUACUGCUACUACUGCUUCGAUAGCGAUGGCGAAUGUUAACCUACUGAUCUCCGAUCAGUAUUUGAGCGAAAUACUCUCCGAGAAGCUCUCGACGCAGAGGGAUCGCCGGCGAGGACGCGCCGCCGUUUGGCGGCCCCACUUAGAGAGCAUAUCUGAGUCGCCGACUGAUAUUGGUCCUUGAUGAAUAUGGCCGGUCGACCAGGCGGUUUUUCUUCUCUUUUCAAUUUUCUUGUUAUAUUUAUUCAUUUUCCGCUCGGAGGUUCAUGAUCAAAAUUGUUCAGUAGGGCUAGCUCCCAGAAACUUCUUCUUCUUCUUGUUUUUCUUUAAUUUUCUCUUUUUGUAAAUAUAGUAAUA